AUGAAAAUAAAAACUUGGAUCUUUUUGAUCUCUGCCAUCUCGGCUCAAAGUUUGCCACGUGGGAAGGAACCGCCUGAAAUUAAUAGUUUGGAGAAUGGUGGUUGGAAUUAUUCCACAGACGCGCCCCACCGCACCUCCGCAGCAGUCUCAUUCCGUCGUCGAUUCAACAGGGAUGUCAAUGAUGCCAACCUGGAAACCCAUGUGUCAAAUCUGAAAAUGGUGGCUCGUAUCACGAAUGGAAUGAGCAUUCUCGCCAAAUCGAUGCAUCAUUCUCUAGAAGUCGAACAGUUCAUCUCUGAAGUUCUUCGUUUUGGAGAUAUCACACCAACUCAGAUUGAUGCACUCGACGGAGCGAAACUGAAUGAGUUCUUGAACAAUCUGAAAACACUGCCGGACGAUGUGAUGCCUACGGCUGCCGCUUCAAAAGAUAUAGUCGAGAAAGUGGAGAAGGUGUUUGAUGGGUUGAAGAAGAUUCUCGUUGAAGUCGAUGGAGUCGGAGAUAUAAGGGAAUGGAAGGAAGAAAAAGACCACUUUCUCAAAGAGAUCGAACGUCUCGGAAAAGAUGGAGUCCCGCUGGCUCCUAUAAACACAAUACACGCAGUUAAUGGUAACUGGGCAGAUCAAUCUCCGGAACUUCUCAAAAAUGAUUCAAAAUCCACACGAGACGACUUGAAAGGAAUCAGAGAUCUUUUUAGUAGACUUAAAACAAAAAGCCAGAGCUUUGAUGCUGAUACCAAAUUUUGGAGUUUUGCAAAUUUCACGAAUGCAGUCGAUGGGAUCUCUCCGGUGUUGAAAGCAGCAGAAGGUGUCGAAGUGUAUGACAAAGUUUUUAAAACUAUCAAAAUGGACGAAAAAGAUGAAAAUGAUUACGUUGAGUAUCUGAAAUUGGUUGUCAGCAAACUGAAGGGACCUCUGGCUCGUAUGGAUUAUGUGAAGAUCGUUUCCGAACUUCUGACAAGUCGUGCUAAGAAAGUUCAUCAGCGGAGACUCCGAGACACAUUUGGACUAUCCAACGGAGCUGCGGACUUUGCCUCGUUAUCCACCGAUGUUGAGAAUCCCUGGAUUCAGAAAGUGAUCAAAACGAAAAGUCUCAAAACUUCGUUCAGUCAUUUCGACAGGAUAUCAGAGCUCUUCACCAACAUUGAACAGACUUUCAAAGGAGACUUGGAAGGCUUCAAGAAAAUGUUGCAUUUUUUGGAUUCGAUUCCCCAAAUCCUUGCAAAAGUCGGUCUCACCAAAGCUGACAUUCACCAAGCUCGUAAUUGUAAUCGUCCUGUGGCAGAUGAUAUCAAAACGGACUUAUUCACUCCAUUCUACCAGUCCCUUGAGACGAUCGAUGACAAAUUGAGUGGUUUGAAGAAUGAGACUCAAAAACUUUCAACACUUUUGAAGACACCUGGAAUUGCUGAAAUGUGCGAUGAAGUCAUUGCAAUUUGUAAUGAACUCAAGGAUGACGAUUCGAAUUUGAAAGAUGUCUUGAAGAAGUUUCGGGAAUAUCCGAAAAUGAAAAACUUGACAGCUCAUAUCACCGAACUGAAGAAAGUAACUUCCGAUAUCUCUUCAAAACAACUGGACAGCUACAAGACUGAAACCGCAAAUGUGGUGAACAACAUGAAAAGUUUGAAUGACUACCAAAAUCGUAUUGGUGAAUAUGCAACAUACUUCAAAUGCCUUCAAGAUCAGGACAAGUUGAAAUCGGUGUUCAAAGCGUUGGAUGGACUCAAUGAGAUUCGUGGGUGGAGCCAAAACACGGACUACUCGAAAGCGUUGAGUGACGGGAGUGGUGUGAUGAAUGGGGUGAUUGGAGUAAAAGGAUACUUGUCGGAAUUGAAGAAGUCUGUGGAGUCGUUGGAACAGUUGGAUUCUCCAGAAGCUAAAAUGUUGAAAGAAUUCUCAUCGGCAUCGACACACUCAGAGAAUAUCGGAAAAGCUGUGCAAGCACUGGAUGGUAUGCGUUUGGCACUCAAAAACCAGGCUGGAAUUCAAAAGGUGGUUGACAAUAUUCCAGUGGUUUCGAGUCAUAAGGCACAACUGACGGAUACUGUAGACGUGGCGAAUCUGGAAAAGUUGGUCGGGUCGUCAAGUGAGAUUGAAGUCAUGCUCACGUCGUUGGGCACUUUUAAGAAGACGGUGGUACCCUUUGUCAGCACGGAUACGUUUGCAGCUCAAUCAGAGAUAUUCGAGAAUGGAAAGAAGGUGACGGGUGUGACUGGUGGCUUCUCCGUGAUGAGUGAGGCUGUCGGGAAGUUGAAGAAGACUGUGAAGGGUCAAGACGCCUCGAAGUUGAAUGAUGUUGAAGAUGGUUUGAAUACAAUGGACUCGCUCAAUUUGGACUUUGCCUCAUUCAAAACCGAUCUCGAUGCAUCCAAGAAGUCACUGGCUGAACUUGACUUGUUCUUUGCCAGUAACUUCAAGGCCUCCAAAGUGACUCUCAGUCCUGGUAAUACUCCAUCAGGGAAUCAAGCGAAUCCUACUACGCUCGGAGGUCAGCAAGUUUGGGCUACUACUGGUGUAGAUGAGAAAAAAGAGUUAAAUGUUGAUCUACUCGUCGGAAUUGCAGCUGGUUUCUUGGUGCUUCUACUCCUGGUCAUUCUUAUUCAUGGUCUUCUUCACAAAUACAAACGUAGAUGGCUGGUGGAUCAUUACUGUAUCAAAUGGAAGGCCACACCCGAGAUUUUGUUUGACAUUUAUUAUGAAUACUUCAAAAGGAAGUUCGAUGCAUUGCGACUUGACGAGACGAAUUUGAAAGGCCAUAUGGAUGCUGUAGUUUUUAAGUAUUUUACUUCUGCGUAUGAAACUGACAAGUGCGAUGCAAUCGACUUUAAAAAAAAGGACGCAAUUGAUUCCGAUUGCAGAUAUCCCACGGAAUUGUGGGCUGAGAAUGCACCGGUUCUGAAAGGUUAUGAUGAUCGGUUUGAGAAUAAUUUCUUCCACGCCAACAUGUGCUCGUUUUACACUCGAAAGGAAUGGAUGUUGACAGAGGCUCCACAGAUGAAAAGCGCAGACAAAAAUUGCACAAUUUCGAAAAUGUUUUGGAUGGCUAAACAGAAUAAAACUCAGAGUAUUGUGAUGUUGUGCGACUUGAAAGAGAAAGACAAACCUGUGUGCGAUCGCUACUAUCCGGAGACACCCGAGAGUGAAGCUCUCACGUUUGGAGAUCUUACGGUUAGAUGCCAUCAAAUGACAAAACCCUGUAAAGGACUAGAAAUUCGUCUACUAUUUGCGAAAUUCGGUGACGAGGAGGAGUUCAGCGUUGCUCAUUACAAGUUUACUGGGCUCAAAAUAACGGGAUUCCCAAAAUCGAUGGCCGGCCUAAUGCAAGUGUAUAAUGCUCUUGAACGUGACACCCAGUCUCCAAUCAUUCAUUGUUCCAAAGACAAUCGAAGAACUGGACUGUUUACUUUCGGCGCAAUGCUCUAUGAUGAUUUUAAGAAGACACAAAAAGUGAACCUCAAAACUAAUUUGAUAAAAAUCCGAAAGCUGAGAGUUGGAUCAGUCCCUAAUGCUGAGGACUACUCGUAUGGUGCACGUAUUUGUUGGGAAAUGUUGGCUUCGAAAGUGAAACUUGACGACCUUCGAAAACAGAAGUAUGAAGCGUAUAAAGCAAUGGAACUGUUUGCAGAGGGAGGCACCACGUAUUACCGUCUUAUGAAGACACCCGGCGAUCAAAAUUGA